UUUUCUACGGUGCUGCGCGAGCAUCGCACUUCGGCUGCAGAGCGUACUUUCAGCUACCUCGCCCGGAGACACGCGGCAGGACUUCAGCCCGGGGACAAGUUACCUAAGGAGACUGUAUCCGUUUACGACCGGCACCUGGAUAAGCCCCGUCAGCAUACGGAGAGUCAAAAGGAAGAAAGUGCGUCGUUUCGGUAGGCGGCUGUUUGAAGGAAGGCAAUAUGAUUGUGAAGCAGCACACGCUCGUUGCCCUGUACAGCAUCUGCGGAAUCCUUCUGAAAGCGGCAGCUACGAGAAGCAAAGCGAAAGGAGUCCAAGGCCAGUUCCCCAUCGUCCAGAACGUGACUGUAACGGAGGGAGGAGCGGCCAACUUGACCUGUCGCGUGGAUCAUAAUGACAACACCUCCCUCCAGUGGUCAAACCCGGCACAGCAGACGCUCUUCUUCGGCGACAAGAAAGCACUGAGAGAUAACCGAAUCGACCUGGUUCGGGCCUCCUGGCAGGAACUCACUAUCAGCAUCCGUGAGGCCACGCUGGCGGACGAAGGCCUCUACACCUGCUCCCUGUUCACUAUGCCCGUGAAGACUGCCAAGGCCUACCUGACCGUACUGGGGGUACCAGAGAAGCCUGAGAUCAACGGUUUCACUAAGCCGGCCAUGGAAGGUGACCAGAUCACCCUGACAUGUGUGACCUCGGGCAGCAAGCCCGCUGCAGACAUCCGGUGGUUCCGCAAUGAGAAGGAGAUCAAAGGUGCCAAGGAGGUGAAUGCCAGCGGCAAGACGUUCACGGUGCGAAGCUCCCUGCAGCUGCAGGUGGACAGAAACGAUGAUGGUGUGGCCUACACGUGCCGCGUGGACCACGUGGCCCUGCCCACCAGCCCACAGCAGGCCACUGAGGUGCUGGAGGUGCACUACGCCCCUCGUGUGGAGAUCCGGCAUUCCCAAGCCCUCCCACAGGAAGGGCAGUUCCUGAAACUGGAGUGUGUGUCGAAAGGAAACCCUUCGCCAGACCCAGUGCUGUGGACCAAAGAUGGGGGUGAGCUGCCAGAUCUGGACCGCGUGAUCGUCGAGGGCAGAGAUCUCACUUUCACGUCCUUAAACAAAACAGACAACGGCACCUACCGCUGCGAAGCCAGCAACCACCUGGGCACCAACCACGCCGAGUAUGUGCUCUUCGUAUACGACGCCCCAACCACGCCCUCUCCAUCCACAACUCCUCCCCCUGUAGCCUCACUCCCAGUCACCACAGUUCCCUUAAACUCCAAGCACUCCGCCCCUGCAGUGACCGGUCAGAGAGAUCCUAAUGCCCUGGGACCACAUGGCCCAGACCAUGCUCUGAUUGGUGGAGUUGUAGCUGUUGUUGUUUUUGUUACUCUGUGCUUAAUCAUCGUGCUGGGCCGUUAUCUAGCCAGGCAUAAAGGCACAUACCUGACCAAUGAGGCCAAAGGAGCGGACGACGCCCCCGACGCUGACACGGCCAUCAUCAACGCCGAUGGCAACCACGCACAUGCAGAGGAGAAGAAGGAAUACUUCAUUUAAACCGCACUCCACUCCUCUCCACUCUCUCUCUCUCUCUCUCUCUCUUUCUCUCCCCCUCUCUCUCUCCCUCUCUCCCCCCCUCUCGCUCCCGCUCUCUCAUUCUUGCUCUCUGAUCCCUCCCUCCCAGCUCCGUGUAGGAACCUCGCCUGGCGGCAGCAGAACCUCACUCAUUUCUUCACAUCCUUUCGUUCUUUGUGCUUUUCAUUUACAUUCCUCCGCUUGCUGGUUUUUUGAGGUUUUUUUUCUCUUUUGGGGUUUUUGUUUGUUUGUUUGUUUGUUGGUUGGUUGGUUUGUUUGUUUGUUUUAAAUUAACUCACCCUGAAUUUUACUUGCCACUUUUUUACGAGUCACUCAAGCAUAGCUGCUGAAUAUUCUCGCCUUUUUAUUUCAGCAUGUCUCUAAAAUACACACAAUAAGAGUGAAACUGCCCCAGACCGCCAGAAUUCAGCUCCGAGCUGAAAACCAGAAGUCCGCCGCCCUCACUAGUUCACAGUGCCUAAAGAUUCAGAACAUCCGGUUUCAGUAUAAGCCUUCGUUUUUGUAAAGCGCUCAAUGAUUGGUUGCUUUCUUUUUAUCUACCGCAUUAUGACAAUAAUUAUGUCAUUUUUAUCAUAUCCUUUAUUUUAAUGGGUGUUUUUUUUCCUCUUUGUGAUUCCACGUUCACUAUUGUCAUGUUUGUCAAAAUAAAAAAUAUACCCAACAGAAUUUGCUCAACUUGAAAUAAGGGAGGUUGUCUACACCCCUCAUUAGCCACAAAAAUUCUGAUCAACUAGAAAGUAACUAGAAAGUAUGUUCCAUAGUCUGAAUGAAGAUUACACCCCAAUGUCGUGUAAAAACACAUUUGAAUUGUAGACCCUAGUAGAAAGAUAAUCAAGCUUCUACUGACUUGACAUCUGACCUCACAGCAAACGUAGCUAGUGUAAUAGCUAGUGUAAUAGCAGGCCAGGGGUGAUGAGUCAAAGGUCAGUAGAACAAAGUCUUUCUGUACUCACCCAUUUGAGUCCACUUGACAUAACAUGUCCCUGUCUGGUCUAUAUAUCUAUUCACUAUUACACUACAGGACAAAAUCGCUGCAUUCAAAUGAGGCUUAUCGCAGUAGGACCACGAUUCCUGAUCAGCCACUCUCUGCAGUUCACAUGACUGUGUGCCCUGGGGAGAAACCCUGCUGUACACCAGAGGGUUAGAGAUACUUAAAAUGCAGUGUGUUGUAUGCAAGUUUAUUUGAUAAACAAUAGUUGAUUUACUCACAGAAAAGGGCAAAGUACAAAAAUACAAAGUGUAAUGGACUUUUUAUCUAAACUUUUAAAUAAUAUUAAGACAUUAUAAAACUCAUAAUGAAUGUUUAUUGUCCCAGGACGGUCACAAAGUCAUGACAGUGCCAUUUGGGGUUGAGUUUUGUUUUGGUUUUUUUUCCAUACCCUUUGAUGAUUAGAUUAAACGUACAAGCACAAGAAGUGACUGCAUGACUGCCUGAGGACACAGAAUGAUUAUUCCAAGAUGUGAGAGUGAAGAAACAGUACUGGGACUGAUCUGAACUUUCACAAGUUCAAUAUGAAACAUAUCUAUGACCACUGCAUCUCAUCCAACAAUGAUGAACGGUUGAAGUGUUUUUGAAAUAGUCUGUGUCUUUCUGUUCAUUUUUUCGUUCGUUAUUUCUGUAAUGAAUAUGAUCCCUUGUUAAUAAGGCUGUAUAUUACAUCUGCUAAAUGUAGUAACUAGUGAAAAUUGUUGUUAGACUUUGGAAUACCACAUAUCAUCAAGUUUGUAUAUUAGCCAGUUUAGACAUCAAUUAAACUUUUUGUUGUUAUUUUUAAGUUUUUGGCCAUUGAGGAUUCUUGACAUAUGUUCCACAUAUUUGCUUGGUUUCAGCAUAAGGUAUGUAUAUACUGUAUAAGAACUACAUUUUGGUAAAAAAAAACAAAAAAAAAACAUUUAUGAUGUCAUGAUUUUAUUUCACAACUUUCUUGUAAAUUACUUCAUUUCAAUUGUAAAUUAAAUUAGCCAGAGUCAGCUAUGAAUACGGAGAAGAUACGGGGAUGAAUAUCGAAUGAUUAUAGAUUCUGCAAAUUAAGAAGGAGGUGGAUGUUAGCAUUUAUUAUGAACCCUCCGUGUGUUUUUGGUCGCCAUGAAUAAUGACUAUAGUAACGUCAGUCUAAUGGCAGUUUUCAGAGGAAUAGCUCCAUCGCUCCAUGUAUCAGCCUCUUGUGUAGGAGAAUCAUUAAUGCUGGGGAAAUUCUAGAAGAUAAAGCUUUAAAUUUACAGAGUAGAGUCAGUAAAAAUGGCUUUUACUGAAGUCCUAGUGUAACGACAUUCCAUGCAGGCAGAUGGGCUCUUGGCUCCGAUGUUUCUUUUCGCGUUUCACAUGUCACCCAUAUGUAUAUACCCACCUCAGAGUGUGUGUUACUAUUUAAUGAAGAAGAGUGGUGAAUAGAAGGAGGAGUUGGGUAUUUAUCCGAGACAUGUACGGUGUAGACUAACUCUUCAUUUACACCUUGUGAAGGGGCCACAGAUGUUCUCUCUCUCUCUCUCUCUCUCUUCCUCCUCUCUCUGUCUCUCUGGAUGUAAUAGUCCAGCCAUGGUACGUGUUUCUGUGUGAAUCAGGCUGCGCUAACGAGGGCUGAUAUGGUGACCUAGAACUACGUUUCGCCACUAAAUGGCUGAUAGAGGAAAUAAUGCCCACCUUCGUCCCCUUCGACCAGUUACAUGUAUUAUUUAGAUCGCGUAAAUCGGCUUCACUUAAUCACCAUGGUUGCCUUUGCGUUUGCCGUGGGAGGUUAAUGUCAUGUUGUUUUGAUGCAGCACCUUCUCUGGAUUGCUUGAACUUGUAGUCUCAACAUGCCAAUGUACAAUAAUUCUCUCUCUCUCUCUGUCUGUCUCUCUCUCUGCUGGAUCUCUUCUAUAUGAUGAAUGUCAUAUAUGUUCAUUUCAUUUUCACGACCUAUUUUAAUGUUUUUGGCUUAUUUUGUCUCUUUUUCUGAGGUUUGUUGUUUGGGGGUUUUUGUUUGUUCUUUUUGUUUCUAUGUUGCAUGCUGAAGUUGAAUUUUUAUUGCUCUGUGUCAUUUGGUUUCUGAAGUCAUCGCAAGCCCCAGAUUAAGGGCAGCUGACAGCAUAGUGAGAGAACUGGACCGGGAUUUGUCUUUGUACUGUCUUCUGGUGAUGGUCUUCGGAGCCAGCAUCCUCUCACCUGGACCAGUCUCAGCAUCCACACUGUUUAUUCCACCAGUCGGGGGCUUCAUUGGGCUGCGAACACUGCCCAGAUAACGCUGACACAGCUCACGUGUUUACGGGACCUUCAUUGUAAAGUUAAUCUCAGCGCAAAUGUUUGCAGGGACUGCUGCGCACCCAUGCAUAGCUUUAGAAAAAGCCAUGACGUCUGCCACAGUUCAAACGUAACCUGUAAUUGGGUCUGCAGAUACGCGGUUAAUAUAUGAGGUGAAAUGUUCUUUGAAAACACACCAGAAACUCUCACACACUCUAAUCCACCCACACACCCCAUUAUAUCAUGCUCUGAAAGGUAAAGUAAAAGAAAGAAAGACAUAUUGCCCAAGAUAAGUCUAAUAUGUAAAUCAUGGUUAGAUGCUGGAAAUGCUAGCUGCGCCCUGAUGCUACAUCUUAGCACAGAGCUUAGAUACAGAACUUGUUGUUCCAGUUGAUUUAUGUUAUUUUAUUUACUCUUGCCUAGGAACUCUUUGGUUCAUAAUUUUGUUCAUUAUAUACAUGCUGGAGAGACCCUAAUUUGACUUGUAACUUGUUUAGGAAAUAAACUAAAGAGAUGUAUUUUCGAUUAUUUUGAGUGGCUUGAAGCAGAGAAUUUUUGUUUGAUUGAACUGGCCAUUUCUGCUGCUUUGAUGGCAAGAGAUCACGUGGAAACUGCUCUUUGUUUAAAAAAUAAAUAAAAAGGAAAAAACUCUAUUAGUGUCACUAUAUCAAUGCAAUCCAUGUAUAAAUGGCAUAGUAAAUAUUUGUGUCAGAAAUUGGCUGCCAUAUCACACAGGGCAUGUGACUACAUUUCUUUGGCAUUCUUUCUUUUUGCGUCUCAGGAAUGAUUCGGUGAGUUGUUUUAUAGUUUAAUUGGAGAGAUUUGCAAAGUAUCUCCCACCUGCUCAUUGCCAACUGCUGAAGCUCUGUAUCUGUUGCAUUUCAAAAUAGGCAAUUAUAAUGUUAAUAAAAAUCUCAAUGUUUAUUUAA